GUUUUGAAUACUUGUAGUGGAGUAUUUUCAGUGUGGUUUUAGUACUUUUACUGCAGUAAAGGAUCUGAGUACUUCUACAUCGCUGCUUAUUUGGAUGACAAUACAAACCCCAGAGUCUGGGCAGGUGAGCUUCUUAGCAUACUUUCAGGGGGAUUCAUCAGAAUCAGAAAUACUUUAUUGAUCCCCGAGGGGAACCUCUUUCGUUACAGCUGCUCGCUGUCACGUCAGUGCACACAGGAAGAGAAGCACUAAGCAAAUCAGAAUAUAAUACGCUGUAAUACAGGUCAGAUAAAUUAAGUAUAAGCUUAUGUAUAAGUAAGUUAAGUUAGGUGGAUAGGCAGGUACAUUUCAACAUCCUGAUACAUACUGAUGUAGGCGCAUAAAACUGCUGCAAUAAAGCUUCCCGCCACUGGUGGCAGCAGCGAGCACAACGCAGCGGUCCGUCAGAGAGGAAGAUUACGCGCCAUCUUGGAUUCUACAUUAUUGAAUUUGAUAAAAUUCACCUGCGCUCCAUCGGUGUAAAUCUAGUUAUUUUUGCUUUACAAGCGCCUGACAUCGACGUGAAUUCUCCUGAACUGUAGCAGAGAAGUUCACCUGUCCUCCGUAUGAUCGUACCGGAAGUGGUGUGGCUCUCCAGCGGGGCUCCGGCAGGUGACCGGUCUGAUUCGGUGUUUGUGAUCCGAGCGCACUCGGAGGCAGACGGGUCUGGACGCUGAGCGGGAUUAGCGCUCAGCGUGAGAGCUGCUCCAGCUCCGCCCGCCGCGCUUUGUCUUCUGCGCCCAUCAGCAAAACACCGGUUUCAGGUCUGAACGGUGCUUCCUGCCGCCUCAUGCCGAGCUCCUCUUCUCUCCAGAGGGAUCGGACAGCAGGCAGAUAGAAAGGCCCGCUGGUUCACUGCAACAGGUCGCGAGGGAGCUGAAAUCUAAACAAUAAUAAUAAUACUAAUAAAUCUUUUGUGGAUAAAGCGCACAGAGGCAGACGGACCGCAGAGGAGGAGGAUGGUGUGAUGGUUUGAGCUGCAGUCUGGAUGCGACAGAGCGGACAGCUGCCAACAUGAUGCCGAUGUUCCUCACCGUGUACCUCAGCAACAACGACCAGCACUUCAGCGAGGUUCCCAUCACGCCGGAGACGCUGUGCAGAGAUGUGGUGGAACUCUGCAAGGAGCCCGGCGAGGCCGACUGUUACCUGUCCGAGAUGUGGAGAGGCUCAGAACGUGUCGUUGGAGAAGGGGAGCAGAUGCUGGAGGUGUUGCAGCGAUGGGGGCAGCAGAGGGGGGAGGUUCAAUACCUCCUGCGACACCAGAGAGCUCCAGGACGAGAGUCGGGUGGAUCCAGAGCUUCAGACCAGAUGACGAAGAGGAACCAGGUGAAAGCUUCUGUGGAGAGACGUCUGGAGAACGGGGUCUCAGCGGCUCGUCUGGACGUGACGCUGAGCGACCUGCAGGAUCUGGCAACCCGACAGCAGCAGCAGAUCAAUGCCCAGCAGCAGCUGCUGGCCUCCAAGGAGCAGCGGCUGCUGUACCUGAAGCUGCAGGAUCAGCGGCAGCAGGAGGUUUCUGAACAGGAGCGACUGCAGCAGCUCAGAGAGAACGCACACAACCAGGAGGCCAAACUGAGGCGGGUCCGGGCCCUCAGGGGCCAGGUGGAGCAGAAACGCCUCAGCAACAGCAAACUAGUGGAGGAGAUCGAGCAGAUGACCGGUCUGUUCCAGCAGAAGCAGAGGGAGCUGCUGGUCGCGGUGUCCAGGGUGGAGGAGCUGAGCGACCAGCUGGAGGCGCUGAGGAGCAACAGACUGGAGCCUCCUCUUCCUCAUCCACACAACGCCGCCGCCUCCUCCUCCUCCUCCUCCGCUGAGCUGGAGCGCCUCUACAAAGAGCUGCAGUUGAGGAACAAGCUGAACCAGGAUCAGAGCAGCAGGCUGCAGCAGCAGAGAGACAGCCUGAACAAGAGGAACCUGGAGGUGGCGGCGAUGGACCGACGGCUGGCCGAGCUCCGACAGCGGCUCUGGAAGAAGAGGGCUGCCCUGCAACAGAAGGAGAACCUGCCAGUGGCUUCAGAUGGAGUGGCCCCUCAGCAUGGCGUGGGCUCCAGAGUGGCGGCAGUGGGGCCGUACAUCCAGUCGUCCUCCACAACAAGCUCUCAGGGGCCUCCGGUGCCGGCCCGUCAGGAACCUUUGGUGAAGCCGGCGUAUCCGGACGGCACUGCCACCCUGCCCAUGCCCGACUCAUCCCUGAAGCCGCCUCCCAGACCAGUCAAACCAGCCUCAGGUUUCACCACAUCAAAAAUAACCAAACUCUCUGACUGGAGCAGCUCAUUUUCUGAAUCCAGUGGAGGUUACAGCCACGCCUCUACCCUGCCUCGCAUGUCCAGCCUCAGCAGCCACAACUCAGGUGGUAAGACCCUCAAGGACCAGAAGGGCCUCUCUGGGUCUGAUAUCCCACCCCCUGUCCCCUCACGGACCAAUCACAUCGCUGAGAACUUGCUCAGGGACAAUCAGGCCUCAGGUAAAGGUCUGUCCAAGAUGGCGGUGCCACCUCCAGUUCCCAGUAAGCCCAAACCGUUCUCCUCGUCCGGCCCGCCAACCUUCUCCAAGCCCCACUAUAGUACUGGGACCUUCCCUGGUAAGGUGCGGCCGGUCGGGGGCCACCUCAGGGCUCCGGGAGUCCUCUCCAGCCACAGCCACACCCUCCCUCUGCCCAACAAACAGGAGAGUCCGCCGGCCGCCGCCGUAAGACCAUACACCCCCGACCACUCGGAGGCUUCCCCCGCUGUGCUGCAGAAGCCUCAGACUCUGGCGGCUUCGUCCAUCUACUCCAUGUACACCCAGCAGACCACGCUGGGGAAGGGCUACCAACCGAGCGGUCAGGGCACGCUGCCCCGCAGCCAGCCCAGAGUGUAUGGGAAACCAGUUCUCCCAGCUUGCAGUGGGCAGCAGUCUGUCGGCUCAGACAGCGGCAUCAUGAAUUCUGGGUCUUGUGUGACUGACGGGAGCGAGGUUGACAACGGUUGCCUGGGUAACGGCGAAGGUGUCGGAGCAGAGACAGCAGAAUGCGCCACCCCACGGCCGCUCAGCCCAACAAAGCUCCUCCCCUUCCUGUCCAACCCUCACAGGAACCCCAGCGACGCUGACCUGGAGGCCCUACGCCGCCGGCUACACCACGCCCCCCGGCCCCUGAAGAAACGCAGCUCCAUCACAGAGCCAGAGGGCCCGGCCGGACCAAACAUCCAGAAGCUGCUCUAUCAGAAAACCACUCUGGCUGCCAUGGAAACCAUCCCCAUGGAGACAGUCGGUCCAGCAGGGAUGUAUGUUCAGCCUGGCAUUCACGAGGACGGGGCGGGCAGUGCGGAUGUAAUGUCCAGGCUCGACGACAACACCGGAGCGGGCUUCAACCAGCCUCUCACUGAGAGCCCAGAGGACAGCCUGACCCCGCCCCCUCUGCCUCCCCGCUUACCCAUCCCAGACCCUGCCUCCUGCUGCUCACUGCCCCCCCCUCCAGAGGACAAGGAGGAGGAGGUGGUGUGUCCGUCCGCCUCUGUCCCCAAGGACUACUUUGCAGACGAGUUCCCCCCCUACCCGCCCCCACCUUACCCUACAUGUGGAGAAGGGGAGCAAGGAGAUGACGCCCUCAACCUGCAGCCGCCGGAGGUCACCGGACAGGUCACAGUGCCCCCGGGUAAGAGGUCAAUCCUCAGUAAAGCCGGUUCGGAGCGGAUCAACCACAGCAUGCGGGUCAAGUUCAACCCUCUGGCCCUGCUGCUGGACUCGUCUCUGGAGGGCGAGUAUGACCUCGUCCAGAGGGUCAUCUACGACGUGGACGACCCCAGCAUGCCGAACGAUGAGGGCAUCACGGCGCUGCACAACGCCGUCUGCGCCGGCCACACCGAGAUUGUCAAGUUUCUGGUUCAGUUCGGUGUCAACGCCAACGCUGCCGACAGCGAUGGCUGGACUCCCCUCCACUGUGCUGCCUCCUGUAACAAUGUUCAGGUCUGUAAGUUCCUGGUGGAGUCGGGAGCAGCAGUGUUCGCCACCACUUACAGCGAUAUGCAGACAGCUGCCGACAAAUGUGAGGAGAUGGAGGACGGCUACGCCCAGUGCUCCCAGUUCCUCUACGGCGUUCAGGAGAAGAUGGGCGUGAUGAACCGUGGAGUGGUGUACGCCUUGUGGGACUACGAGCCUCAGAGCGACGACGAGCUCGGCUUCAGCGAGGGCGACUGCAUGACGGUGCUGAGACGGGAGGACGAGGCGGAGACGGAGUGGUGGUGGGCAAGAUGUGGUGACCGUGAGGGCUACAUCCCCCGCAACCUGCUGGGGCUGUAUCUGAGGAUCAAGCCGCGGCAGAGGAGCCUGGCUUAACCGACGGCUGACAAAUCCUUCAAGAGACCAAAAUGUUCUUAGGAGGAGGAGGAGCAGCAGACGAAUAAACCUCUGGACUCAAAAUAUCAGAGGUUGUUGUUAAAAAAAGAGACGGGUGUUUUCUGAACUGCCAUUGGACCUGUUUGGUUUUUCAACCUCAGCACAAAGAAUGUCACAAUGAACAGCUGGAGAGACGGAAGAAGAAACUGGUAAAAUGAACAGAUUAUCACUUUACCAAAAUGUAUCAGCAGAUGCCGAUGAGUCAGAUCGGUGGCCUUUUCCUUUGAUAGCCUCCAACAGAGCUCCAAAACAAAAUGUGACCAUUCUUUUGGGUUCAUCUUGUAAUUCUUUUUUUUUUUUUUAUUCUUUUAUUUUAUUGAAUAGUGACAUUUGACAUAAAGACAAGUAACGUAGGGAGCGAAAGAUGGGGUACGACAUGCGACCAAAGUCCCAAAGGUUGGAACCACAAGGCCACUAUCUUUGUUUUGUCAUUAUUAAAGUAUUUCAAGGUACAAUCCCUUGAUUUUGUUACAACAUCCACUAGUUUCAACAAAUGUAGCAAAUAUUGGAAUUAUAACAAAACACACAUUUAGAAGGUGUUGUACCAGAUGUGGGGUGUAUCUUAAAGUUCAUUUUUAUGUACUUAAGUACUGGUAUUGUACGGAGCCCCAAAGGCACCACAUUUAUUUAUUUUUUUUAAGAUAAAAAAAUAUCUUUUGUUUCUUUGGGGGCUCCCAAAGUUAUUAUUAUUAUUAUUAUUUUUUUUUUUUUUUUUUUAAAUAAAUUGUAGCCAGUUCUUGUUUUUUGAUCAAAUCCAGCUCAGCCUCAGCCCAGUGUGAACAGGCUGCCGUUUGAUAAUGUUUAGUCUGAUAUUUAUGUCAUUAAUGUUCUAAUGUUCCCCAAACACAUACAGGAUAUAUUUAAGGAAAAGCUCUUGUUUUUAAAGAGUAUGAAAGGUUUUUCUUUUUGUUUAUUUACAAGAGGCCCUGUUAUGCUACAAAGCAGUUUGUCAUUUUUUAAGAUUAAAAAGUAAAUUCAGAACCAGAUUUUGUGUCAUGUUUCAUUCAGUUCUUAAAAUUAAAAAAAAAAAAAACGAUAAUCCACAUCAGCAGAUAUAUCGUACAGUGAAAAUUUUAAAUUUAAAAUCCCAUAACGGCCUGUCCAGUGUUGAAACUGAGGGCUUCAUUAUAAAACCCUGAAAUGUGAAAACUCAGCAUUUAGGUUCAGAUUAUUACAUUUUCCAAAAUAAAAGCCCGAUCAGCUCAAAUCAAUUCCAAAGCUAUCUAUAAAUCAGUUCACUUUUAAUGGAGGUAGGCUAGCAGUUUCCACCUGCUUCCAGUCUUUGUGCUAAGCUAAGCUAAACACAUCCUGGACCUUAUCUCUGUACUGGGCACACAGACAUGACUCUGGGGAAGAUGGAGACCAGGAUGUUCCACUUCCUGCAAAAAUAGAAACAAGUUAAAAUAACGAGGAAUGCCGUUUCAUUUUUCACUUUAACAGUUUAUUUAUUAGCUAGAGGGACGGUCAGGAAAAACAAACUUAUAAAUCCACUCUUCGAUGUUUAAAUGUUCAGCUGUAGCGUUUGUGUCAGACGGUCUCACGCUUUGACCUCUCAGCUCAGCGUCGUUCUGCAGAAUCAGCAGAGCUCCGACGCUGCAGAUCUCAACACGCAUGCAGAAUCAGAAUACAAAGUGCAAAGUCAACGGCAACUCCAUUUGAACAGUAAGCAAUUUGAAAUGCUACACAGGAUCCAUGGAAAGUACAUUCGAUAUUUAGGUUUACAAUUGCACAGAACCUCAAAAAAAUAAAAUUAGAAACUGUUUCAACACUGGAUACAUAUUUCAUAGUUUAAAUGAGAAGAUUAGAGGGUUUUUUUCUGCCAGUCAAAGAGCAUGCGGGUUAUGUUUAGCUGCAAAAAGCUGCCUGGUACAUCAAACCUACAAACUUUUUAUAUCAUCGUUAAACAUGAACGGAUAGUCAGAACAAACUGGAAACCAAGAUGAUGUCGUUUGUAACUGCAGAUACUGAAUGUACAGGCGUCAACAUUUCAAAAGCAACUCGAGUUAAAAAGCUGAACCGACGACGUCAAUCUCAACAAACUGUGCGGCUGUUAAGUGAGAAAACCAACGCGUUUUGUCCAAAACACAUUUACAUAAUGAUUUAUCUUUUAUCUGAAAAGCAAAGAGCCAGUGAAGCCAACAGCUUCCUCCAAUACUUCAUCAAUACAUCAGCCUCCAAAAUUGUGGUUUAUUGUGUGUCAAAGUUGCUGAUUUUGAUUCGACCGACUGAGCAGCCACAAACAAAAUGUACCAACAUCAGGCAUCUUGCUGGACUGCUAAUCAAUGCCAGGUUGAAUUGG